AUGACUCAGAAACCACCACGAGACGGGGUAGAACAGACACUACCACAACCUCAGAAGCUACACGCAAUCACUACUAAACUAAACAGACAGAAACCAGAAAAGAAAAUAGCUCGAGCCAAUCCCGUACAGACGCAUGCUACGGAUUUCACAGACAUCAUCUCCGAGACAUGUCCUAGCACAACAGUACUUCAUAACGCAGAACGUGAUAAGGGCAAUCAUCACGUCCUGCUAUUAAUCGGUGUAGCAAAAGUUUGGGAUGAACCAAACAAACUAUGGAAAGAGGUAGAGAUCUUCUUUGACACCGGAGCCGACCAGUCGUUCACUAGCCAACGUCUUGCGGACGACUUGGGACUGGAGUGUGCAAAACAACAAGAAUUUCUAAUGUACUCCUUCGACACAGAAAAACCCACACCAGCACACUGUGGAACAGCCCAGCUAGAGCUUUGGAACAAUGACGGGAGAAGGCACGCAGUGCAACUCUGCACAACUCCGGUACUUACAGGGAAAGGACACACUGUUCACCUUGGCACAGAGGACCGUGAGUUCGUAAGACAACACAACAACACGAGAACACCCCGCAGAUCUUACUAG